AUGGCGAGGAGGAGCAAAGCAGAGUCAAAUUCCAAUCUUUUCCAUUUCCCCGAAGAAAUCUUGAUUCAGAUCCUGGUUAGACUCCCCGUGAAAUCACUACUCCGAUUCAAGUCGGUCUGCAAACAAUGGUACUCUCUAAUCAUUGAACCUAGUUUCGUUCAAGCACAUCUCAGAACCUCAAGCCAAAACAGUUAUAUCAUCCUCAGCCACUGCGAAUCUCCCAUAAUUGACAGUAGUCUUUACUCAAUACGUUAUGAUAAUGAAUCUUUUGACGAGUAUUUUCAACCGCUGCUUCCCUCACACCUCAAACCAUCCUUACGGAUGCAGGGGUCCUGUAAUGGUCUCAUAUGCUUGUCGAAUGAUCGCACCAUAUGCUUAUGGAACCCAACACUUAGAACGCUAAAGACCCUCCCUAAUUCUCUAAUUAUGGAACCCAAUUCCGAUAAUUCAAAAACCUAUCGGGCCAAUUUGGCAUUUGAGUUCCUCCCUGGAGUUAAUGACUACAAGGUUGUGAGGAUUUUGUGCUUUUGGGAUGGUGACAUUCGUAUACCCAACAUCGUGACUGGAACUGAGGUUUAUAGUGUAAGCACGGAUUCUUGGAGAAUAAUUGAUGGUGCUUCUUCAUAUUUUUUUGCUGAUCAGUUACCUGCAAUCGGGAAUGGAGCUGCGUAUUGGGUAGCAAUGAAGAGAACUGAUGAGGGUUUUUGUUGUUUACUUGUGCGUUUUGAAAUGGGUGAUGAAGUUUUUGAAGACGUAAUGCUGCCAAGUGGUGCUACACAUGGUUGUUAUCCGCACAUUGCAAUUAUGGGGGAAUCACUGUAUCUUUUCCUAUUUCAUUCGAAUGAGUGUUGCCACUUAUGGACAAUGGAGUGUGGCAACAUGGGUUCGUGGACAAAACGAUUUACUCUUAACUUCCAAGACACACCUUUAGAGCUACUAGGCUUGAGAAAGAGCGGUGAACUGCUACAAGUAAACAGCAAGAGCGAUUUGGGUCACUGCUUGUUGUUAGCUCGCUGCUUGUGUUGGGUUGCCAUCACAGUUGCCAUCGCUAUGUGCUCGCUGGAUCUGUUAGCUUGUGAGGAAGACAAGGAUUGUGAUGCAGCUAUUUACCAGGAACAUCUCAAGAAGCAUUGA